AAAUCAUUGAACACACCUUUUGUCCAACGAACAACAGAUACAGAUACAAUGGCUCAACGUGUUACAUACAGAAAGAGAAACCCAUACAACACCAGAUCUAACAAGAUCAAGGUCGUCAAGACUCCAGGUGGAAAGUUGGUUGCCCAACACGUCAAGAAGACUGCUUCCAGAGUCAAGUGUGGUGACUGUGGCCUUGCUUUGGCUGGUAUCUCCACCUUGAGACCAAGAGAAUACGCUCAAGUCUCCAAGACCCACAAGACCGUCUCCAGAGCUUACGGUGGUUCUAGAUGUGCCAACUGUGUCAAGGAAAGAAUCGUCAGAGCUUUCUUGAUCGAAGAACAAAAGAUCGUCAAGAGAGUCUUGAAGGAACAACAAGACAAGGAAAAGAAGACUUCUUCUAAGAAAUAAGUAAUACCAAUCCUACCAGAGCGAUCUGACUUGUGACUGUGGACGAGCGGUGCAUUGUUGCUGGCACAAGUGCAAGAAAGAAAACUAAAACACAACAACUCCGAAGUCUCCUCUUGACUUCUUUGUAUUAUAUCUAUAUAUAUAUACACUGCAUUAGGGCAUUAAUAUAAUACGACAAAAUUAAAUUGGAAAGUAAACCCGUGUAGUAGGCUCUUUUGUAUUAGUCUAUAAAUUUU